AGUUUUCUUUAGAAUUUCAAAGAAAGAACAGAACGAAACUACACGAUUAGAAAAAAAAAACAAAUAUAACAUAAUUUCAUACCAAUAAGUUUUUCUUUAAUUUUCUACAGAGAAUUCUUUCAUAAACAUUAGACUGUUCAAACUGUCUUUUACUAACUGCGUCGAAUUUACGGAAUACGAUGGAAUUUAUAUUUGAAUGUUUCUAUGAGGAUACUUUGGAUAAAUUGUGUCGUAAUGGUUUACAGGAUAGAAGCUCCCGACGAGAUGUUCUAGAUCAUUUAAAUGCCAUUAUUGGUGGCUGUAGUGAUGGACAAAAUAUGAAUACGGAUGAGGUGGCGCGUAUAGCUGUUUUAGCUGCUGUACGUUAUCAUCGUGAUAAAAAAGAUGCCAAUGGUGAUGUCUGUAUGAUGGGUAAAUUUCAUAAUAUUCUCUAUAUUGCCCUGCGUACGUGCUGGGAUUGGGGUGUUAGAGAUUCUGCAGUUGUUGUGGUGUUACUCGAGGAAAUUUAUUCGUGCGAAAAAACAUUUGAACGUAUUUUCUUGGGUGCUUUAUUUGGGACACAUGCACCACAUUUCAUAGCUGGCUGGCGUAGUGACUUUAGAGAUCAGGAUGAAAAUACAAGAGCCAUGGUUUAUUUUUUACAUCAUGCAACAAGUCUUGAUAUGUCACUACCCGUAUGGAUUGCACGUUAUGAACAGGAACGUUUGAUAAAAUUCAUUGAUAUUCCCAUCGAAUCCUGUGGUCGUUCAUCACCACUACGUGUAGCUUUACAAGCGAGUGCACCUGAUUUGCUAUUGAUUUUAUUAAGAUAUGGUGCCGCGCCUAAUCCACCGGAUGGUGGCAGUUCCGUUGUUUUAGCAUUACUUGAUAAAUUGAUUGAAAAUGGUCGUAAUUACGUUUUUCAAAAUAUUUCAUGUUUACAGAUCUUAUUGCGUAAUAUAUCUCAUAUUGAAAUGCCAUUUAAGCCCAUUGUUCUUUACAAUGCGCGGCGUGAAAUGUUUGUGGAGCGUUACGGCUGCUUAUUACGUGAUAAUAUUGUACCACUUAAACAAGUAUUUGGCGUUAUGUCUCUAAGACAUUUAUGUCGCUGUCGUAUACGUGAUUUGCUGCGAAAUAAUGGACAAUUACCCAAUGGCAUUGAUACUCUGCGUUUGCCAAGACGUUUACAACGUUAUAUCGAUUUAAUGGAAGAGAUUGAAGAAACCAAAGUUAACAACGAUAAUAACGACAACAAUUGUAAUAAAAAGAAAAGCAAAAAUAAGAACACCAACGAAACUGAUGCCAAAAAUUGUAAUACAAGUACGAAAAAGAAACAUGUUACUUUUACAAGUGAAUCCACUAACACGGCAGAGGCAACAGACCCAAAAACAACAACUCAAACAGUAGAUGAAGCUGCAACCAUGACAGCUACAACAUCUUCAUCAUCGUCAUCAUCAAUGACAAGAACAUUAUUAACACCUUCAGAACAACACCCACCUAACACCGUGAGUGAGGAUGCUAACAUCACGAAUUCUUCCACAGAAGUGGUAGCUGUAACUGAAACAGUUUUAGAUAAACCUUUAACACUUUGAUUUUUAUACAGUAUUCUUUAUAUUUUAAAAAGUAUCUUUAAACUACCCUUUUCUUGAGGUUUGAUUUUGCCUUAAUUUAAAAAGUUUUUAUACUUAUUUUUUUUCUUUUUCGUUUCGAAAUUUUUCCCAGUAAAAUAAGUUUUUAUUUAAUAUAUAUUUUUUCUUAGGUUAACUGUUUAAUGAAAUUUAAUAGAUUUUCGGUUUUAUAAGUUUAAGGCAAAAAUCAAAGAUUAUCAAAGAUUUUAAUUACCAAAAAAAAAGUAUUAGUACUCACUUGUAGGUUUCUUCACUGACAUUUAUACGUCCUGGUACACCUGUAGUUUCAGUACGACUUGUUAAAUUUACUGUAUUACCGAAAAGACAGUAACGGGGUACACGAUUGCCUAUAACACCGGUCACAACUUCACCGGAAUGUAUACCAAUUGUUAUUUGCUGAAAAUAAAUACAUUUAACUUAGUUUUAAAUAUUUAAGUAUUUAUAUGUAAAUAGUUAUAAGUGCAAUAUUUUUCGUAUUUUAAUAAGUAUAUACAUAUGUAUCUUUGUAAUUUAGUUUUAAUAAAGAAUUUUAUGUAAAAAAAUAUUAAAAAU